AUGGCCACCUUUCCUUCCGCGCUGCUUCCGCUCCUCGUCCUUGCCGUCAUCAUUGGUGGUGAGUUGUUUCUGCCCUCUGGUGAGAACAGCGCACGCUUAUUUCACUCUCAACCCUCUGCGAUCUCUCUUCCCUCUGCUCCCUCCCACCCCUCUGCUCCCUCCCACCCCUCUGCUCCCUCUCAAACCUCCGCUCCCUCUCACCCCACUGCUCCCUCUCACCCUUCUGUUCCCUCUCACCCCUCUGCUCUUUCUCACCCCACUGCUCCCUCUCACCCUUCGGUUCCCUCUCACCCCUCUGCUCCCUCUCACCCCUCUGCUCCCUCUCACCCCUCUGCUUCUUCUCCAUCCAGUGGCCGCCACAGCCCACGCUUCGACGCCCUCCGAUGCUUCACCUUCCCCAAGGCCGUGCUCAAGGUGCUCAAGGCGGGGCGGGGCGUGCAGGUGUGGUGGCACGGGCUCGCAGGCGGGAGGCAGCGGGCGGGUGCGGCAUGCAAGAAGGUGCAGUUCUUUGCCAGCCCCGCCUGCAAGGGCAAGGCGCUGGAUGAGGUGCUGAAGCCACAGUUUGCCGCUCCGCGCAAAUUCUUCAAUGUGCCCAGGUGGGUCGUGGGGGCACGUCGGUGUGUGCCUCUGUCCUGA